AGCCGGCACAAAGGAGAAGUAGGAACUCUGAGUGCUGUGCUGUGCAAGUGCCCUGAGGCUGUCAGGAAGGAGCAAAGCAGACAAGACCCCAAAAACAAGUGGCUACUGACUGACUUAAGCAGAGUGUGUGGAGGAGAGAGGACAAGAGAAAGCAAGGAGAGAGGAGGGGGCAGGAAACCGAGUCUGUGGACAACAUUAGAGACAUUCACAUUGUCAUACACGCGGCAGGACGCAACACAGCAGACUGACUGAGUGGAGCUCUCUUUGUGCAAUACUUUGUGGUUCUGUUUGUGGAUUUACAGAUGGAUCUUGAACCAAAGCACAUUUAAGGACCUUCAAGAUCUUCACCAGAAUUGGGAUAUACCAGAAUUAUAUUGAGAACAUUUUGGAAUAUUUGAAGGAAUUCAGUGACUGGUCUCAAUGAGUGAGUAAAGAUCUAAAAAAAAAAAAAGUGUAAUUUGUUGGGAGAAACCUCAAACUGGUUUUACAGAGAAAAAGACAAGGGGGAGGGGAGGACGAUCGAGCUGGGUACCCUCUCCACAGGGAGGGGGGGAGGGGGGGGGGGGUUCUUUUCAAACAUGAAGUAACCCCCAGAUUACAAGGCAAGAGAGAGGAGGUGCGCCUUCCAACCAUGUGCGACGGGCCGCUCCAAACAUGUCAACUAGACUCUUGCUAACAACUGUCAAGAAAAGGACUUUGUUUAUGACUGUCUGACCAUCCUGUACUGGUCAUUGUUCCAGGAGUUGACUUUUUUGUGUUUAUUUAAUUACAUAACGAACUGCCCAGGAUGUACAACACAACUUUCCUGGACACAACGACAGUCCAUCCAGUCACGGACAGCAUCAAUUCUUCAUUUUGGAAUAAUUCAUCUUGCCCCAAAAAUGACGCAUUCAAGUACCCGUUGUACAGCACGAUUUUCAGUAUCGUAUUUGUGGUGGGGCUUAUUACAAAUGUGGUUGCAAUAUAUAUCUUUACAUGCACCCUCAAGCUGCGCAAUGAAACCACAACUUACAUGAUGAACUUGGUAGUGUCCGAUCUUUUGUUUGUCUUCACGCUACCUCUACGGGUGUUCUAUUUCAUCAACCAACACUGGCCGUUCGGAAGCAUGCUUUGCAAAGUCUCCGUAUCCCUAUUUUAUACCAAUAUGUACGGAAGCAUCCUAUUCCUCACUUGCAUCAGCGUCGAUAGAUUCCUGGCUAUUGUGCACCCAUUACGUUCAAGGACUUUGCGGACAAAACGCAAUGCCAAAAUUGUAUGCGCGGCAGUUUGGGUGCUAGUGCUAGCCGGGAGUCUUCCUACGGGAUUCUUGCUGGACACUACGUCAACAUCAACUCAGAACAAGAUUAACUGUUUCGAGAACUUUUCAUCCAAGCAGUGGAAAUCCCAUCUCUCCAAGGUGGUAAUUUUCAUCGAAACGGUGGGCUUUAUAAUUCCACUACUUCUCAAUGUUUUCUGUUCCAUCAUGGUUCUGCAAACAUUACGCAGACCGCAAACCGUAAGCCGCGGCAUGAAACUCAACAAAACCAAAAUUCUGCGCAUGAUAAUUGUGCACCUGUCAAUCUUCUGCUUUUGCUUCAUACCUUACAACCUGAAUUUGAUCUUCUACUCCCUAGUCCGUACCAAAACGUUAAAGGGUUGUUUUGUGGAGUCAGUAGUACGGACUAUCUACCCUAUAGCUCUUUGUAUAGCUGUAUCCAACUGCUGCUUUGACCCAAUUGUGUAUUAUUUCACCUCUGAAACUAUUCAGAACUCCAUAAAAAGAAAAAAUACAGUCACACGCUCAGACGUCAAGUUCACCGAAGCCCUGCAGUCAGAAACCAGCUCCAACCUGCAGUGCAGCCUGAGGAAUCUCAAAGCCAAAGUCUUCCACAAUGAAUCUUCAGUAUGACAAGUAGCCCAAGGAGAUCAUUGCGACAGGUUUUUGGGUCCAUGUCUUCACUGUCAGACAACCACCCCUCCGUAAGCUGCUUUCCAGGAGUUUUGCAGAUUUUGGCAUCACCAUUGUCACAUGCCUUGUUUUGUUAUGGCAGAGUAAAAAUACCAUUAUGUCACUGUUGUAAUAUUAACCGGUUUUGGUUGGUAUCCCCAGUUGAACUCACAUUACAGUAGUAUAUAUGAAAUACAGUGGAUUGUUUCAAAGUGUAGUAUUUCAAAAUGAUUCCUGAAGUUUUGCAUUGUAUUUGUGCUAAACAGUGCAAUUUAAGCAGUCACAUUUUUAUAAAUUCAGUAGUAUUAUUAUCUGUAGUGCUGCACAAGCAUUAUCAUUCAAUACAUUUAAGAUAUAAGCUUAACAAUAUUGUACAUUUAGAAUAGUUUUGGGGGAUAAUCCUGCCUUAGGGUUAUCAUAUCAGUGCCAUAAAACUAUCUUAAAUUAUUCUUAAAUUUUCUUUUUUUGUUUGUUUGCAUUUUUUUUCUCAAUUAUAUAUAAAUUUGUUACAAGCAUUACAAUUUGUAGCAGCACUUUCGAACAAGGCCCCCGCUGUGCAACAUCACAUGGCACAUUCACAUAAGCCUUCUGGAAAACACAAUGGAACAAUCUGCUGUAUUUGCUUGCCUUUUGAAAUUAGUAGGGUGUCCCUUUGUCAGGAACACUAUUAUUGAGUAAAUGCAAGCUAAAUGAUGGUGCUUUACCGUUUAACUCCGCACUGCAUUUUUGUGGUCCUUGGAAAUUUACGUGUUUCCUAUCUGGAGGUUGUUUGUUCCACUUUUUAUGACCAUGUGCUCCCAACUUGAAAUGUUAACACUGUUGAACUUUAAAUGAAUCAAUAUUUAGUCAUGAUUUUCAGUUAAAAGCUUAUGUCAAUUUGAUACAGUCUAUUAAAACCUGAAAUGGGGAAAAAUAUUACAGCACAGCACUGGCUUUGAACAUAGCCUGAUUUCUGGUCAGUAGUGGUCAAUUGUUAUUCCAGACCAUAGACUGUAUAAAGAAGUGGACUAAGGGAGUGUGACGUUGCCCAUAGCGUUCGCCUUUAGCCAAAUGAAGCUCAUCGAGGCUAGCAGUUAUAGGGACGAAUUUGGAGUCAUGUUGGAUAUUAGGAAUUCCAAAGCGAGUGUGACAGCAACCAAAGAGCCAAUCUGAAGCGAAUCUUAACAACGCUGUCAAUCAAACCUCUUGCCAAUGUUAGCGGGAGCAACCUCAGUGAAAGAAGGCACCUGAUUUGUCUGUUAUUAAUGUUCAUAUCUUGAGUUACGGACACAAUAGUGAAAUCAAAAUACAGGGAUCAUGUAGAGCGGGUUAAUACGAACAGUUUAAGAUCAAAAUGACGAGGCUCACUGCAACGGUUACAGGCGAGACGGGUGACAGUUUUCUAAUGUAAAGUGAAUUGGAGCCAGAAUCAGUGGAGCCAAAUAGGAGGUUAGCUAUGUCCCUUUAUAUAUACAGUCUAUGGCCCAAACAGUCUAAGUAAAUUUUAGGCAAAAAAAAACAACGUUUUUUUCAAAAAAACAGAUGCAUGCAUCCCAACAACAAAACAACUAUAUGUAUGUAGUGGAGACAAAUUCUGCACAUGAUAAGUAUUACAAUGUACUAUUAAAAUGUUGGAGGUAUUUUUGCAACUGGUGAUACCAAGUCUGAUAGGAAAACUUAGCAUGACGCCACCACAUUUCAAGUUCAUUUAAGGCUUUGCUGAAAUGACACAAACAGGGUAAUCUAAUUCUCUGCCUCCGUAAGCACCUGUCAGUAUUAUUGUAUUAGCCUGUUCUCAGGACAAAUGUUGCAAACUGCCAUUGGCGCCAUCUGCUCUGAUUCAUUCACAUUGGCGUAUUCCUAAUGACUACUUAAUGACUAUUUUCCCUUUCCUGUGGUUUAUUAUACAAUUGUGUUAGUCGCAAUUAGUGGGCCAUCGACCUGGAAGGGAAUGUAAUACCACUGAACCCAAGGACGGCUACACGCUUGUCUGUUCAUUGUUGUGGUGCUAACGUCAGACUAGAAUCUAUUUAAUAAUAUAAGUUUUGUUGAUUUUGUACAGUGUUGUUGUAGUUGUACAUAAGUAAGAGGUGUCUGUUAUGGUGGCAUUUCUUUGUGGAUCUUUGUGGUCAAUAUUGGUCAUUUAAUGCACUGACACUGAACUUCAGAUACUGCACUCGAGCCACGAUAAUGAAUAAACGUGUAU